AUGUUCAUCAACAUAUAUUCCAUAGCUCUCUUCUUUCUGUUCUCACUCACCUCAGUAUCAAGCUUGAGUCUACCUCAAAGACCAGGUAUGAUAUCUCCUCGAGAAUUUCCAGUUAGGGCCAGCAGACCUCGUCAGGUUUAUAUAGCAGAAGAAGAAGUUCAAGGUCGAUACAUACCAACAAGGACUUUCGAUCCUUCUUCAAUCAAGCGUAGGCAUGCAGAUGAUGUCAAUUUCGAUCAUUAUGAAGAAGACGAAGAUGAAAAUGAGGAUCUCAUCUUACAACUUAGUCAUAAGAAUAAACGAGGGGUCAUACCGAAAGUCGUCGAACUCUAA